AUGAUGAUCCUCGAGGAAAAGCUUGUUCAUAAUUGGACAUUUCAUGCAGAACGAGUGCCACCUGAGGAUCAUAUAUUUUGGGCAUGGAAUAUUUUGGCUAUUAUGACGUUGCCAGUGCAAUGGUUGAGCAUGGGGCUCAUCCGAAAAGCCACACCCGAAUCUAUUUUUCGACCAUACGCCGGCAUGCUCUUCAAUAUGCAAAUAUACUUUAUGGUUACCGAUUUUUGUAUGAACGCUAUUAGACCGGUAUUGACAAACGACGUGAUCAGCCCAGCCGGCAGACUCGCCAAACUGUUAUUACCAAUCGGGGCUGGCAGUGCAACGCCUAUUUUCACGGGAUUGGUGGCAAAUUUUCUGUGCGCCGCCACGGUGUGCUUUCUUUAUUUGGCGGCAUCAUCACAUUAUCGGAUAGAGGCGGGCCCAAAAGUAACGAUAUUUGUGGUGCUCUACCAUAUAUUGAUCGGCGUCCCAAUAUGGAUCUCAUCCUAUUUCCUCGAGCCUGCCACCACCUACUCAAUUCUCACCAUUUUCUUCAUUUCCCAAAUAAUCCUAUGGACCGUUUCAGCACUCGUGUCUGCGAACAAACGCAUUAAGCUAACUCUUCCCAUUCUUUUCUUAAUUAUUGCAUAUUUUGGGACAUUUUGGAGGCCGAAUUUCUUCAACGCUUUUGCAUUUCUGUGCGGAGCAAGGACACAGAUCAAUUUGCUUCAAAUGCUAUUGUUCAGUCCGGAUUACAGAAGAUGUGCGGCGCAAUUUGCUCGAUAUUUCCAAGCAAAACUAUGCUGCCGAAAGAUU